AUGGCCCGUAAAGCUGUGUCUACUCCGCCUUCCAAGAAGGUUUCGUCCCGCUCGCCUAUCCUCACUAGAACUAGAUCUAGCAAGAUCGGUAAAAGUUUGAAGAACGAGGAAGAAAAGCAACCUGUUCCAGAACCAGAAGAAAGUAAACCCGAGCAUGAGAACGAUGAAAUCGAGCUUCCUAGCGAAAGUGAGUCUUCUGACGACUCUGACGAGCUCGAAGGGUUUGAGUCUGCUGAAGAGGAGCCAGAGCAAGAUGACGCUGAGAUAAUAACCACCAAGAAUACUGUGCAUACCGUUACGAAGCCUGCUCCUGUGAGCUCCCAACAUUCCGCAAAGAGCUCGAAGAAGUCCAAGCACGGCGUUGUUUACGUCGGAAGACUGCCUCACGGAUUCUACGAGGAAGAGCUCAAGAAGUAUUUCAACCAAUUCGGAGACAUAACUAGACUCAGAGUGUCGAGAAAUAAAAAGACCGGAAAAUCGAAACACUACGCUUUUAUUGAGUUUGAGCACGCCGAGGUCGCCAAGAUUGCCGCCGAGACGAUGAACAACUAUCUGAUCUUUGGCCACCUGCUGAAAUGCUCGGUGGUUCCUGCCGAAAAGGUGCACGACGAGCUGUUCAAGGGAGCCAACUCGAAAUUCAAGCCAGUGCCAUGGAACAAGAUUGCGCAAUUAAAGAACGACAAGUCCAAAUCGACCGCUAAAUGGGAAAAGCUACAGAAGAAAUACCAGCAACAGAACGAGAAGAGACAGCAGAAGCUGAAACAGCACAACAUCGAUUAUGAUCUCGCUGCUCUCUAG